UGCGCCGUAACACUUCAACUGUAUCGGGACGUAGCUUGUUAAUAUGUCGCAUUCGUGGUUUUUCAUUUUCGUUUCGAUUUGGCUGCUGGCAGCUGAUAACGUAGGCGCACAGCAGUCCAACCGGCGGCAGGCCGCUAACUGGGCUGACGAUGAGGCACAUUUCAACAGCAGCCUGGCUUCAAUAUUGGUGCCACGCGUUGUUGGUAGCCGUGGCCAUACGCAGGUGCGCAACUACCUGGUGAAUUCGUUAAAUGGGCUUGGCUUUCAAACGGAAGUGGAUGAGUUUAAGCAACGUGUGCCAAUUUUUGGCGAGCUAACGUUUGCGAAUGUCAUUGGCUACAUCAAUCCUCAGGCGCAAAACUUCUUGGCACUUGCCUGCCACUACGACAGCAAGUAUUUUCCAAAUGAUCCCGGUUUCGUGGCUGCCACGGACUCGGCUGUGCCCUGCGCCAUUCUCUUGAAUACGGCCAAAACGCUGAACAGCUAUUUGCUGCAGCAGUUUCGCAAUCGCAAUGAUCUCGGCUUGAUGCUGAUCUUCUUUGACGGCGAGGAAGCCUUCAGGGAGUGGAGCAACAGUGACUCGGUUUAUGGUUCGCGUCAUUUGGCCAGCAAGUUGGCGCGCACGCGCAGUCCGACAUCCACGUCAGAUCAAGCCAAUCUAGCUCCACGUCACAUCGAUCGCAUUGAGGUGCUCGUGCUGCUGGAUCUGAUUGGUGCUCGCAAUCCGAAAUUUUCUAGUUUCUAUGAGAAUACGCACGGUUUGCAUACUAGUCUGGUGGAGAUUGAGCAAACAUUGCGUACUGCUGGCCGGCUGGAGGGCAAUAACAAAAUGUUUCUGAAUCGACCCGCUGGUGGAUUGGUAGACGACGAUCAUCGUCCGUUCCUGGAGGAGAAUGUGCCCAUAUUGCAUUUGAUAGCGACACCUUUUCCGGAUAGUUGGCACACGCCAAGAGACAAUGCUGCCAAUCUGCAUUGGCCAUCAAUACGUAACUUCAAUCGCGUCUUCCGCAACUUUGUCUACGAAUAUCUGAAACGGCAUACUGCACCCGUAGAUUUGCGUUUCCAUCGCAAGUAGAGUUGUAUAGGUUUGAUGUGG